AUGAACAGUCAGAUCGACUGCUCGGCACCGCUGCCAAGCACCCCCGCUUGUACGUAUUUUGUUUUGCCUAAAAAGCUCACACCAUUUGUGCAUUGGCAGAAGGAGCAACUAGAUGGGAAAACAAAUCUUGUUUUGCUCCACCUAAAAGGCAAUCCAAAGGCAGAGAUUGAAGACUCAAUUUCCUAUGUCAAAGGGAUGCUAGAUGAGAAGAAAACAAAGUUAUUGGAGCAUGCUUUGAUGGAUUAUGGCUCCAAUGAUUUGCCUAAACCAUGCAAGCUUCUCCACUUAUCAUGCCUGAAAGUCUUUCACAUGUUUUACAACUCUUCCAAUCAAUUCGACUCGGAUACAGAACUAUUUCACGACAUUAAAAGAGGGAUUUACAUUCCUCCGGAGAAUCCAGUCCCUAGACGAAUUCUAUCUCCUUCCAAAACGGAAACGAAAUGUUCAAAAGUUAAGGCUCGUUUGAUGGGCGAAUCCGGAUAUCAAGGCGGCUGGAAUUUCAAUACUGGACAGAAAUUUGCACGGAGUGCUACUCCAAUACCUGUUGGGCGUGACAAAGUCAUUAUCCCACCGAAGUUCGGGUUGUGCUUUCCGGUGACAAAGGAUUUCCAGUGGACUGCAGGGGUUAGAGGUAACUUCGGCAGAGCGUUUAUCUUGGGAAGGGGCUAUUAGUCUCUGACUCUCUGCAAUGGGUUGAAGUUAGUGCUGGGUAGCGCUACUGAAUUAAGGAUGACUUGGGUACAUCUGAGCAGCGAUUUAUGUUUCGAUUAUUUUUGUUGGCAUCUUGUCAACAGUAUUGUGUUUUUGAUAUAUCGUUUGAAUAAGCCUUUGCAAGUAACAACAGUAGAAGAGUCGUUGUACUCUUUGAAGGUCUCUCAAUACACUUCUAUGAUCUUUAUAAUUAACGAAAUUUUUCUUUGCGGUUCAAAAACAUGA